AGUUGAUUGGAUUCCUCGCGCCGGUGAAGAACCUCGGCGGGGGAACUGAAGCGAAGGCAAUCCGAAGUGAAGCAAAGAACUGGCGGGAGAAGAGGAAAGGCGAGCAAGAAGGAACGGGCAGAGAAGCCAGCAGGCGGGCGAAUCCCACAACAGCGGCUCUUCGUUUCCACGCCUCGUCGCUUCCCACGCGAGUCAAGUGAGCCGGUGGCGCGCCAGUUCGGGCGGGAAUGGAGCUGCUCCCGAAGCCCCUCGGCUGGACUCUGGCGCUCCUCUUGUCUCUCGGAGGCUGCCUCAGCCAGCUCUCCCCCCACUCGGGUCCCAGUCGCUCGGGCGCCAGAAGCAAGAACUGGUGUGCCUACAUAGUGAGCAAGAAUGUGAGCUGCUCUGUGCUGGAUGGCACUGAGAGUUUUGUUCAAGUUCAGUAUGUAUGUCUUUGGAACCAAGAACCCUGCCCACAUUCUCCUGUGUAUCGAACAAGUUUGAGACCUAAAUAUAUUUUAACAUACAAGAUGGUAACAGAACUGGAGUGGAGAUGUUGUCCUGGAUACAUGGGUGUAGAUUGCAAAGAGGGUGUAGCAGAAAAGCCAAGAGCAGUAGUUUACCCAGCGGAACUUCCAUCAAAUGAUAUGAAGCCAGGCUUGGAUUCUAGACCAAAGCAAGAACAAGAAGACUCACAAUAUAAAAAAAUACAGUUUCUGGAGGAUGAAUUAUUCCGGCUUACACAGACUGUGCUGGAACUUCAGUCCUCUGUAAUCAGUAUGAAUAAAAAUCCAAAAGUUACUGUGGAAGAAGAUGCAAGUCAGAGUGUAAUAUCGUGGUUGAACAACCUUCAUGACCAUCCAGGGUUGGACAGUACUUUGGAGGGCAAAACACAGAAUACUUAUCCAUUCAAAACUAAUGACUCAUCCAAAUCUGGAACAGAAAGCCUAACAUCGGAAGAAGAUGAAAUAGAGGGUAGCUUGAAGGCCAAAAUUGAUAGGUUGGAAGAACUGAAUGGGAAAGUAAAUGACCAUGAAGGACAAUUAAAACAGCUCCAAGAAGCAGCCCAAGGGCGAACAGUAACAAUGCCCAGCAGUCAGUUAUAUCAGGCACAUAUAGAUGCUAAAUUUGAAGUCCUGAGACAGGAGAUAUUGGAAGGGUUUGAGAAGAAAAUGGCAGAUCUGAAAAAUUCCUGUGAGUACAAGCUGCUAGAUAUUCAACAACACUGUAAUGACCAUGAAGCCAAUUUCUUAGGGCUAAGAGAAUCUGUUGCAGAAAAAGAAAAUGACCUGAGAAAACAAAUUCAAAAUCUACAGAAUGUUAUUGAAGCACCAUUAAACCAAUCAUAUUGUUGCAAUGAUGCUAAAAGUGAUGACAUUAGACAACAGAUGAAAGCUUUGGAUAAAAAGAUAGAGAAAAUUGCAGAAGCAAAUAAAAUUUUAAAUGCCAGGAUAGAUAAUGAAAUAAAGCAUAUUUCCACUUCAUAUUCAGAAAACAACUUUGAUGAAAAAUGGGAGGAAGUAGAAGCAAGGAUUAAUGUUACAGAGAAAAAUGCUGAAGAACACUGCUUUUACAUUGAGGAAACUCUUCGUAGUGUUAUAGCUACUAAAGUAGAUGAAGUAAGAGGAUUAUUUGACAAAAAGCUCCAAGCAGUAGAAAACCGACUAGGUUCUACUCUUGUAGACAUUGCUAAUGUUACCAAUCCAGAUGAGGUAUAUACUACUCAAGGAUCAAGAAUGCAGAACAACUCAGAAUCUGGAAAUGAGCACCUUGUAUUGGAGAUUGAUCUUAUGAAGAACAAAUUACAAUACACUGAAAAUUUUUGCCAGUCUGUAUCACAGCAUUUGGAAAGUCUUCAGAAAGGCAUAGAAAACACAAACAGUAAAUAUGAUCAGUUAUUUUUAAAAACAAAAGACAAUUUUCAUCUUAUAAAAUCUUUCAAUAGCUCUCUAAGUGAAAAGUUCAAUUUAAUUAAAGGCACCCAACAUGAUAUUCAUAAACUUCAUAAGGAUCUGCGAAUAGUUCGUUUAGGUCUGAAUGCUAUUGAUAAAGAUGUAAAACUCCUUCAGAGUGGUUUAAACAGCUGUAGAGAAGAACUUUUAGGUAUCAAUUCUACAUGUGGGAAGACACAGCUGGAAUUACUCAGAAAAACGGAUGAAAUACAGAAAAUGGUGGACAAUCAAGCAAUUCACCAAAGCAAUAAUUGUUGUAAUUACUUGGAGAAAAAGAUGAAUCAGCUGAAUGGGAAAGUAUUUUUUAACUUGACCAGAUGUAAAGAUAAAUUACCUGGCAUCUCAGACUUGGAGGAUAAAGUAUUGAAUGUUGAGAAAACCUGCGAUAAAUUAAAUGCUGUCUCUAGCAGCCUUCAAAGGAUAAAGGAAGGAUUAAAUAGACACAUCUCCAGCCUUUGGAACUGUUUCACUCAUAUGAACAGAACUGUCACAUCCCAUUCAAAAGAUAUUUCUGGCCUCAAAAAUUUUGCCCAGCAGUUCAAUAGACAAUUCCACAAAUUUGCCAUUGACUUUCAGGACCUAAAGAAAACUCAGCCUCCUAUAUAUGAAAAACCAUCAGUAAUGGUACCAAAGGAACCACAAGAAAAAAUUCCUCAGCCACAAUCAGAUCCAGGAAAACCAUUACAGUCAUCUCAGCCAGGCUCAUUUCCAGCACCAUCGCAGCCAAGGACUCCUGUACAGUUACUAACAGGGGUGUAUCUGCAACCAUCACAACCUCAAACACCAAUACAAAUUCCAGAACUAAGAAUACCUCUGCAGCCAUCACGUCCACAAAUAAUUAUACAGCCGCCAUUGCAAGGAAUACCUCUUCAGCCAUCAGAUUCCAGAAUUCCAGUGCAGCCAUCAAAACUAGGGUUACUUUCUUUGCCUGGAUCAAGUGGGAUAUUGAUGGAAGCUGGACAGGCAGGCCCUCCUGGUACACGUCUAAUGUCAGGACGAGGACGACCAAAAAGAAUAGAUGGGCAAGAUGGCCAAAAUAGCAUGCUUAUAUCUGAAGGAUAUGCAGGAGCACCAGGUUAUCCAAAAUCAACAAGACCUCCAUCUCCACAAGUAGGAGCUAUUACUUCUUUGGUCUCUUUCUCUGCUGGUCUCACAAGGAAGCCUUUCCCUAAAGAUGUGGGUGUGAUACGUUUUAACAAAGUCCUUGUAAAUGAUGGAAAUAACUAUAACCCUGAGACAGGUGUUUUUACAGCUCCAUAUGAUGGUCGUUACCUCAUCACAGCUGUUCUAGCUCCUGAGAGAGAUGACUAUGUGGAAGCUGUGCUGUCUGUUUCCAAUUCAAGUGUUGCUCAGCUCCACACAACUGGCUACAGGAAAAACCUGCUUGAACAUCACAAACCUAGAUCAGGGAAACAGACUUGUGGUGGAACUGGGGCUUUUCAUCUUGUUCUUCACCUUAAAGCAGGCUCAGAAGCAAGCAUUGUAGUUACUGGGGGCAAGCUAGCCUAUACAGACUCAGAUGAAAUAUAUUCUACGUUCAGUGGAGUAUUUCUGUACUCAGAUGUUUCUCAGCCCUGAGCAGAAGAUAGAUAAAUUAAACGUGAAGAAAAUAACUAAUGAACUGAGAAGUGUUAAUAUUCCUCUUUCCAUUUUUCUCCACUUGAAGAAUUUGGCUGAAGUGCUGCCCUUAUAUGAAUUUGUGUUCCUUCUCCUAUUUGGCUUUUAUUUAAUAGAGUAUGGAUAUUUAUGUAUACCAAAACAAAGCUAUACAUAACUAGGUCACAUUAUGAAAUGUUCAAAAUACACAUUUUGCAACAUUUGCUAAUAUCUGAGAGAACUAUGACAAUCCUAUAAUGGAACUUUAUUCAAAUUUCUGUAUAUGCUGUUCUUAUGAAACAAUAUCUUUGAUACCUUUAACUGUCUCUAUCAACUUUCUCAUGCACUCUUUUUAUUAGCUUUUAUUACCUAUUGGGAGUUACAGUAAUCGUAUUGAUCAUAGGGAUACUUUGCAUACAAUUUAAAAGGUACUUCAUCCCCGUACAGGUUUCAGGAAAUUUGGCUAUCUGACAAAAUCUGAAGAUCUAGUGAAGGGGCACCCAUCACUGACUUCCAAAAUUUAAAGUGGCUGAGAUUUUGGGAGAUAGCCAAAUCUCAUGAAAUCUGUAUAUAUUCACCUGAACUCUCAUGAAGUUUUGGUCAUUUGCAUUUAAAAAAAAUAAAAUACGAGCAUCCUGUUGCCUGAAGGCUGUAGACUGCUUAUCUCAUUCAAGGAUGGGGAACUUUUUCCCUUUCAAGGACAACACUUAAUCUUGGAUAUUCUGCCAUGGUCCAUAGGCCAGUGCUGAACACAGCAAGAGCCAGAAAUCUAUAGGCUGUCUUCUUUUCUACUUACCUCCUUUUUAAUGUGUUCUGUCAGAAAGUGUACAGAAUACUUCCAGAUGGUUUUUUAAAAAUUCAGCUUAGACCCAUUUCUCCGUUCCUGGGCUAGCUGUUGAGAUCAUUGCAACAACUAUGUAAUUAGUCUCAUUGUCCCUCAUGUGAGGCUGAAACUGAGAUGUUGGCAUGCAUGACUGCAUAUACAGUCAUAUAGUUAGUAAACUAUAGUUUAUAGCUUCCUAAUGUGAAAACUGCCAUUAUAAGUCAUGUCAUAUGGCUUAAUAGCUUGUGUGUGUUUUGGUCAGUCGUGCCUCAUUUAACACACUGUGAUUACAUAAACACAACCCAAUUGUGAAUC